CCCGUGCCGAAGCUGCAUGCUGUGUACACGAGAAGAAGCAGAAGAGGCGUCCUUGGCCACCGCCCCCGCAGCCAGGCAAAAAAAAUGAACUCUUCAGAAGAAGGAUACGAGCCGCUGCCGGGUUCAGCUCCGAACUUCAGGAGAGAUAGGCCCAUCUUCGAAAUCAACUUCAACGACUACAUCGGAACGGUCAAUGGUCUCUUCAACUUCAUGGAGAUCCUGGGCGGUGCCACGCUGUCCGUGUUGCUGACCUCUUCGGACUCGAGGAGGUCGAGGGAGUCGAAGGCGCAGCGCUUCCUCUGCGGCUCGGCGUACACCUUCAGCUUCAACGGCUUCUACAUGUUGGUCGCCAGCAUGCUGAGCGGCACCUCGGCCGUCUACCUGCCGGUGCUCUUCUACUACGUCCUGUUCCAGGGAAUGGGCGCCGCCUGCUACAUCAUCAGCGGCAUCAUGGUCGCACGACAGACCCACGAGGUGUCGCUACAAGUCAUGGUCGGGCUGUGCACGGGUGGUAUACAUGCCUUCCACUUCGCGUACGUCUGCUACAAGAACUACGCUGAAUCCAAAGAGAACAAGUGGUUCUAG